CGGAACUUCUCUAGAAGAAAGAAUAAAUCCUUCACAAGAAGCGUUAGGGGUGUCUGUUUGCGUYGAUAGUCUACAUGCUCCUGUACGCUCUUCCGAAGACCUGAUAUUACUCCAGUUAUACCUACCUAGGUCUAGUCAAUACACAAACAGUUUCCAACUCUAUGAAUUGAGCUCACAGAGGACUAGAAAAGAGUGAGCCGCUCAAUGGAAGUCAACAUCAAGAGGGAGGAUAACCUAGAAAGCUCCUUACCACAGCCUACCCAACAUCGUGAAUUGAUUGGAGAGAAAUCGACCAUUGGUCUCUUCAAUAACAAGAAAGUGACUACUGACUCUUCGGUAAGACUACCAGAGCGAGAUAAAGAUGUUUCUCCCGAUGUGAACAAUUCGAAAGCAGAUAUGCCAGUYGUCGACUUACGCCUSGUGAAGCAAGAAAGAUUCGAUGAUGAUGRGAUACAGAGGGAACAAAUGGUAUUGAAAAGAAACUGGAGUGUGGCUGACCAAGAUCUCCAAAGAAAGAGCAGAAAAUCUCUGUUAACAACCGAAAAAAACUCGAAUGACAUUGCUAGUGAAGAACACGGAGACAAUCAAAGACAAACAAAAGAAACAGAGCAGUUUUCCUACCGCGUUCCAAUUGUGUACCCCAUUCAAUCACCACCAAUCGAUUAUCAAUCGAUUUCUAGAGAGCAUUCGCCAAGCACGAAAGAYUAUCGAUUAGAAAGAGAAAGAAGCGAGAGUCCAAAACAGUUGUACGAAGAGACACCUACGGAGAGUCCAAGAGACUCUGGCACUAGACUUGAAGACAAUUCAAACUUCACAUAUUCAACUCGUUAUUCGCCUUCGCAGAAAAUCAGCCCGUACUCUCUGAGCCCGCGAUCUGAAUCAAAAGACGACAGCAGGAUAUCGCCUAAAGGAACAAAUCUCUCAAAUAGUUCACGACUCGUUCAGAGCACAGAUGAAAAAGGAGCAUCGACAAAGCGGCGAAGAAAYAUGGACGGCUUUAUCGCUCUCGAUAACGAGAAAGAAGAAGAAUCUCUUUGGAAACAAGUACAAAGAUAUCGUCAUCGCAAGCGACUGCCACUCGGAAAACUAAUGGCGACACAAGAAGAAACAAUAUUUAUGCAAUACAACGAAUUACGUGAACGCAGACACCGAGAAGGAAGAGUAACUACUGCUCGUCACAUAAGGCCGCAGUCAAACGACACGGCCACGGAACCCGCACGCUCACCUCCCGAGAUCCAUCCCGAAAACGAGGCUAAGGGUGACGCUGAACCGAGGAUACCAGGAUCUCUGUCUCCACAGCUGAGUUCUUCAAGUGAGAAAAUUCCAGAGCGCAUACCCACAUACGUAACGUCUAGACAACGCGUCGUUGAUUUGCCGCCAAACGGAAAAAGCGUAACGUACGUUUACGUUACAGGUMCAGGAUCACUUCCGGCUAACUCAUCCAAUCCUGAUGUGCAUCCGGUUAUUUACGAUAGCAACACUGAAUGCAGAAAUGUUGAUCAAAACGAUAAUCAACCAAACAGGAGCAGUCAAGGUUACCAUGGAUACAUGUCACAAGAGCCUGCGAGGUGUCAUGGUUACGAACCACGUGGUGUUGAUGCAAGGGGACGAACAUCAUUAAGAGCAGGAGCAGUAGAAUGCAGAGGGUUUGCUCCUUAUGAUGACUGUUACCAUGACAAUUAUCACAAUCACAGACCCUACUGCUCGACCCCUCGAUAUCAUUCAAAUGAGAGUUGCCAUGGAAAUAGAAAGCGUCGAGUUCAUGGGUGGGAUCAUUACUGCUGUCGCCGAAAAMGAGCGAGACCGGCRRMUUCUAGCGAAGAUGAUGAUGACGAAUACGCCAUUGAUAACGAUAUUCCUCGAUGGUAUUCGAARGAAAGACGAUUAGACACGCGAGACAACGAAGAUUUGUAUCUUAUUGAGAAUCAAAAUGGUGGUCGACAAUGCUCCCCUGAUUCCGCUGAUUCACGAGAUAACGACAGCGUUGAAAAUGGACCAACUCAWGCUCAGUUCUCACUGGAGAAYAGUGAAAAUGGACAACAGGAGAGCAGCCCAGUAAGGAAGGAUAGCGAGGACAACCCGCCUUCUUUCACUCAUCUUGGAGAMUCAGCACGACAACAGGAAGAUGACGUCGUUUGUCAAGUGAAUGGCUUGUUUUCAUUGCCUGGUUACCGUGAAACCAAAUAUGACAUYACAAAAGGUGAGCUCAUGCGUCGAACAGGACUACCUGAAACCCUGACUCGCGUAGAGAUGAUAUCUUACGUAAGACAAGCGAAAACGUCCGGACGAAUAYUAUUGGACACGAACGGUAUCACGACUUCUAAUCGAUCGCAUCCGACGAUUUUGUCGCGCGUGUGUGAACGCGAGGCCCAGGUUCUUGCAUGUGGGAUUCACAARAUGAAUUUAGAGUAUCUUCCGAUUAAAAGACUUGUUCAGACAUGCGUAGAUAUGUACAAGUCCCGCGGCUGUGAUGGAUGCCAGGAUUGUCGGCUCAAGUUGAGAAGACGACUGGUCGACGUCGAGAUAACGAGAAAUACCCUAAAGGAGUUUCAUCAUGUUUUACAAGAAGCGAAMGCAGAUGGGACGCUCGACUCAUUUGAACUCGCAUCACAUACUUUUGGAGCAAUCAAUCUUACAAACCACCUGAGGCUAAUAGACGARUAUUACAAACAGCUUUUACUUGCCAUAGACAAAGAAUAAAGCUACGAACASUUCUGUCAAGGGGAUUUACAAAGAGGUUUUCAAAAUACCGUGAAAUAUUGUUCAUCAGUACAAACAAUUGAUCGUUUUCAGCCAUUCCUAAGAGAUUCAAAGGAUAAAAGACCGGCGGCCAUGUUAGAAGAAUGAGGAAUAGRUACCAAUGAGAAAUUCUUUGUUAAAGUUCCUCCAAGAUGGCCGCUGUGACGUAACCUGAAAACAAUSAAUAGAGGCCAUGAAAUAGCGCGCGAAAUAGAAUUAAUCAUUCUAUAUUUAAUUAAUAACUCUCAUUUGAGCGUUUUUCUUUGUCUUUUGGAGUAAAACACUUUAUUACA